AUAAAUUUCCAUAGUUUAUACUUCAUUUCUAUUCUGGCUCAUCUCUAUUAAAUUGGCAAUCGGGCAACGGUCGAAGUGUUUCUGUCAAGCAAGCUAAAGGACCGGAACAGAGAAAGAUAUUAUUUCUUGAGUUUUGAAAAUCCAAUAUGACGAACUUGGAAAAUGCUGCUACUUCCGAAAAUGUUGUUGUUGAGAAUAAUGUGAAUGAAAUCCCUGAAAAUAAUGUUAAUUCUGUGUCUGUGACUAAUUCUGAAGACACACCUGAAUUUGUUGCCACGGGCUCUCACAGGGUUGAUUUGACCGGAAUGCCCGAAAAAUUUUCAGGGCAUUUUUUCAAGCAUUGGCAACAACGCAUGAAAAUUUGGUUAAUCACCAAGGGAUUGAUCUCGGUAAUUAUGACGGUGUGUCCCCCCGUUGUCGAAUCUGAUCCCAAGAGUCUUGAACGCCAAGCUUUAUGGCGUGAGAGGAAUGAAAUAGCCAAAGGAAUGAUAUUGUUGGGACUCUCCGACAUGUUAUUUGAUGUCUAUUGCACCCUCCACGGCACGGCUAAAGACCUUUGGGAUGAGCUGGAUAGGAAAUAUAAUACUGAUGACCAUGGUCUCGAAAAGUAUAUUGUUUCCAAAUUCUUGAGAUUCGACAUGAAGGAGGGAAAAUCUGUUUUAGAACAAACACAAGAAUUUGAGCUUAUCUUACAUUCUCUCCGUGAAGCAGAUAUGGAAUUGCCUGAAAAAUUUAAAGUCAUGGCUGUAAUUGAAAAAUUCCCCAAAUCGUGGGAAUAUUUUGGUUUGACUUUAAAACACAAAAUGAAAAAGAUAACUUGGAAAUCUUUGAUGCAUUCCAUUACUGUUGAGGAAGAACAUAAGAAAGCGGGUUACAUUGUUCCUGUUGAAUUUCAGCCAAAGGCUCAUGUUGUAACCGUGGGAAAACAGUCACAAAAUUCUAAGAAUAAACAACCAUCAUCUUUUAAACCAAUAAAGGCCAAAUUAAAAAUUGCAAAGAAACCAAAGGCAAACCGUCCAUGCUGGAACUGUGGACAGAUGGGGCAUUGGGCCAAAUUAUGCCCAAAUAAAAAGGCUAAGGCUCAAUCUGGUGGACCUCAAGUCAACAUGGUGACUGGAGGAACUAGUUCUGAUGGCCAGCGGUUGGAAGAACAGUGAUGAUGGGAAACACAAGUGCUGGUAGUGUGCAUGGAGUUGGAAAAGUGGAAAUAAAAUUUCCUUCGGGAAAAAUUCUAUCUUUGCAUGGGGUGCAUCAUGUUCCCGAAAUUAGAAGGAACAUUGUUAGUGGUUCCAUUCUUGUAAGGGAGGGUUAUGAAUUGUCUUUUAAAUUAAAUAAAGUUGUAAUUUUAUUUGGUGGAACAUUUAUUGACAAGGGUUACUUGUCAGAUGGACUUUUUAAGAUUGUGGUUGAUUAUUAUGAAUUAAAUUAUGUAUCUGAGAAUUGUGAUUCUUCAA